AUGAUACCCCGUAUAGUUGGAAAGCUGAGACCGUUCACCAAUAUAGCCAUAAAAUCGAAGGGCAGUUCGUUACUGUUGGCACAGAGCCGCACAUUUAGGGCAUCGCCGCUGGCGCAGACGUUCAUGGCCUGGUCAGAGCUCAGCAAGGAGGCUAAAAAGCAGUUCAUCAGGAACUAUAUAGAGCUCUACAAACAGAAGAACCCCUGUAGCAAGAGCAACGUCAUGUACCGGGCGCUUGCGGGUGACAUGGACGUGCACGACGAUGCUCCGUAUGUGUUCGGGAUUUUGUACAAUGAAAUCAGGGCCGUGCAGCUGGGCAUUUCUCGGGACAAUCAGAAGGGCUCAGGAGGAGCUAUGGGCGAUCCCGACUUCGCGGCGCUGCUAUACAAAUGA